AUGACCGUCUCCCCACCGCAUCAACAGCAGCAACACCCUUCAUCCUCAGCAGCCGCUCAAGAUGCCUCGCGACAGCAGCCCGCCGCCGCCGCCUCCACCGCCGCCCAACUCGCCAGUGCAAAGAUGACGCUGCGCAACACGCUGCGCAACUUCCCCGACUUCCCCAUUCCCGGCAUCGAUUUUGUCGACAUCAUGCCCCUCUUCGCCAACCCUCAUGCCCACUCUACCCUCGUCUCGGCCCUCGAGUGGCAGAUUGACCGGUCCUACGCCCACGCAAAGCCAGACGUCAUUGUCGGCCUCGACGCCCGCGGCUUUCUCUUCGGGCCCGGCCUCGCCUUGCGCCUCGGUGUUGGCUUCGCCACGGUCCGCAAGAAGGGCAAGCUUCCCGGCCCCUGUGUCACGGCCGAGUACGUCAAGGAGUACGGCAGCGACCACUUCCAGAUGCAGCAAGACGCCGUCCGCGAGGGCCAAAAGGUGCUCAUUGUCGACGACAUCAUUGCCACAGGUGGCUCGGCAAAGGCUGCGGCCGAUCUCGUCUCCCAGCUCAAGGGCCAGGUCAUUGGCUACCUCUUCCUCCUCGAGGUCCCCGGUCUCAACGGCCGCCGGCAGCUGGACGGAGCUCCCGCCACCAUCCUCCUUGACGACGACUGA